AUGGCAAAUACCUGGACUCCUCUACCUUCUUUGCUCCACAUGAAAGUGGUGACAUCUUUCGUGCCAUUGGAGAAUGUCGGGGCAGAGGGCGCCAAAUCACUGUCCAAGCAUUUCAAGAGCCUGUAUCCUGGAGACGAGUGUUAUAUUUUCGAAAAGUAUGGAGAAAACUGGGGAAGGGCAUAUUUUGUAUCGAAUCCGGUUCCCUCCGACUUUUCAACUACCUCAUUGGCGACGCAUAAAUUAGCCGAGAAUCGGGUCGUCGUUGGAAUCGUACCACUUCAGAUUCUGCGCACAAUCAAAGAAAUCCCUUUCGGGAAAACCGAUAAGAACUCAAUUCUCGAGAUCUCCGACUUGAUGUCAAAUGAUCUGCUGAACAGUGUUCCCAGCAUUCUACAUACCGAAAUGAUCAAUCAGAGUGUCGAGGAGUGCCGAGAUGUGAAAAACGAUAAGUCUCUGCCUGCAUUUCCAAGUGAUCCAGCUAAAAUCACCUCGUUAAUGGAGGACAUUUCAAUAUCGUUGGCCUCGUUGAUGGCACAUGCAUACAUGUUAUAUUCCUCAGGUGAAUUUUCACUGUUUGAGAAACUGGUGGAAAUACAUGAUAGGUUGGACGAUAUAAGUCUCAGUCUCACCAAUAGUCUUUUGACUCAAAAUGAAAUAAAUUCAGUCAGAAGAGAGGCAAUUUCGCUCUUGAACAGUGUUCCAAAAUUGCUUUCCUUGAAAAGGACCAGAGUUGUUGGUCACGAUGCAGUUAUUGCAAGAGAGGAUUCUACUGGUAGAUUGUUCCAGUUGAAUGGUGUUGAAGAUACCAUGUCUCCAAUAACGAUAGCACAUAGUCAAGUGCUAUCUGCGUUGUCACCAAACUACCCAGUUUCUCAACAAAAUAUUACUUUUGAACCUUCGAAGUCUUCAAGAUUAGCAAGAGUUCCACCAUCUCACAUCUUGGUAGACUUCAAAGCGGUGACUGGCUCUUCUAACAUUCUUCCAAAGGGCUAUAAUGGUAUGACUGCAUACAUGUUUUUGAGAAGCUCUAGAAAAAUAUUGACAGAAUCUUUUGCUAUUUCAAUCAAACCAGGACAGAAUUUUGAGUUGGACAAUAUCUCUGCUGCUCUAUUUGAAAACAUCCCAGCCGCAGAGGUUGAUGGUGGGAAGAUCUACCUGGUUGCUAUUCUUACUGAGAACGUUAUUACCAAUUCCUCGGGAUCAUCCUCUGUGUCACAAUUGUCAGAAAUAAGAAGCGGAAUUGCAGCGGGUGUUAGUGAUAUCUCUCGUAUCUUCUCGAGAAAGAAAGGCUCGUUGGAAUCGGGUGAGGCCCAUCAGUUCCAAAUCAAAAUGUUCAGCUCUUUUAGAUCCCCAGAAGACAGCAAUGGAAUUUACACUCUGAAUAACGGAUGGGGUGAAUUGGUUGACAGGAUCAUCACAGGAUCAAGCAAAGGCGUUGCUAUCAAUCCCAGAGCCGAGAAGCUGGUACUCUCAAUCAAAGAGUUCAAAAGCGAGUCGCUGGUGCCUCAAAUUUUGGAGUCCAAUGUUGGUGAUGCUGCUAUUUCGGCCAUACGAACGAUGGUAUACGACCCCAAUCUUCCUCUGUAUGAGCGCCUUUACGUCAAGGUGGAGAAAGUCAACACUACGGCUGUUCUCCCCAAGACGAGCUACGUGACUGUGGUCCUCACCACCACCAAUGAGGAGCUUCAGUUUUCGAAGGGCGGAAACCUGCCAGGCUCUGCUGACUGGAAGUUUUUAUCAGUGAGCCCAAUGGAACAUGUUAGUGAAACAGUCCAGAUCUCCGGCUUCAAUACGAGGGCCAGCACGGAAUCGUCAGACUAUAUGGUUUUCAAAGUAUAUGUGAACAACGAGUAUUAUGGGCAGGGUAAGAUGAAUCUCAGAAGAGGUAACAGAAUCCCUGAGUACCCUAAAGGAACUACUCUGAGUAUAGUGGGACCUCGUGAGAAUAUAGUGGGAACUCUGGAGUUCACUAGUGAUUAUGUUGGCAAAUAUUACAACAUUGACCCUGCACUGCAAUACAUGCUGAACUGGAGAGCACUUCACCAGAGCUCUCUUGAGGUUGGCGAGAAGGCUCUCAUCACAGCAUUGGGAAAUUUCAAUAAGCUUCCUCUUGCGUCUCUGGUGAAGUUCUUCCCCGAGUUACUGUUUGAUUUGACGGAAAUGCUAAGAGACUCUUCGUCUGCAAAGUUGGACAGACUUUCAACAGCAACUUUCGAGAGUCUGGUGCAUUUCCUGGAUAUUGUUCUUGCAAGACAAGAUCAGUAUUUCUACCUUUUCGACGAUUUCAUGCAGAAGCAUAUUUCCAACGUAUCCCAUGUGGGUCCGCAAUUGGUAUCAGUCAUGAAUCUGAUUUUCUCCAGAGCUGGAAAGGAAUGGAGCCAUGUAGGAAGAGCUCUUUGUCGCAUAUCACCGUUGAUUGUUAGACUCGCAGUAGCAGCUACAUCUAAGGACAGUUUCACAUUCAAAAAGAACUGCAGCUUGCUGCUCAGUUCAAUCACUCAAUUUCUCUCUCUCAGAAACGAUAACCUGGUCGCCGACCAAGUACUGGUUUUGGAAGAUCUUGAGAAAUGGUUAGAGAGUCUGAGAAGGUUCUAUGAUGAUCAAGCUCUCAUGAAAAUUUCAAUCCAAUGGCUACAGGCUGUGGAUAUGCAUGGUUUGGGGAAACAGGAGGACGAUUCUGCAAAUCCUUUGGCUGUCAAAAAGCACGUUCUUUGGCGCAAGUUGCUUCUCACGAAGCUGAUAGUUGCCAGAAGGUUAUUGUAUUCGUGGAUGAUCCACUCAAAAGAUUGUCAGUUGACUCUUAUCAAUGGCUGCAUUCGCUGGGCAUUGGAGGUUCUGUAUGGCGAGAAAGAUUUCGAUGCAAUCAGAUUGGCCAAUGGAAUUUUGGUAUCUGUUUGCUCUACUUUCUCUGGCCAAAGCCCAAUCUACCACGAUAAUAGGGGCGAGCUUCAUCGUGGAAUUGCCAGGCUUUUACCACUGGUAGGAAAGUUGUUUCUGCGUCUUUCGAGCUCAAGGUGCAUUGAAAAGUUGGUGGUUCCCAAAAGAUCAUUUACCCAGCUGUUUCCUUGCGAAUAUCCUUUUCCUGAACUCAUCAUAGACUCUGUGGUGGAUGCCGAGAAAUUCUCAGAAGUGCUGAUCGAACUCGCAGUUGUGUUAGUCAUUUUUACCAGAAUCGCCAAAUCAGUCUCGGGCUCAAAGGGCUUCGAAAAAAUAUUCGCAGAUAGCAAACAAGAUGAGUUAUUCAACAGCGAUACAUCCACCUUCGUGAGCUCUUUGAGUGCAAAGGACAUCAAGGUUUUGCUUCACUCUGCUCACACCUUGUGCCAAGGGAAAUUCUUUCCCAGCCAGAAAUGGAUCUCUCUUCAUUCUCUAUUUGUUGAGUGUUCCAUUACUGUUGUGGAAUUAAUUCAGCCGAUAGUCCUCAAGGAAUACUGUCAGGUUGACGAGGUUUCGCUGGACGUUGAUCUGCUCAAUAAAUUCAUCGAACUAUGCUUGAAAAUCUCGUUUGCGGGGCCUUCUUCCAUUGACAGUCUUCCCGAUGUUUCCCAGAAUGCUUGCAAGAAUAUAGCUGGUGACAUAAGAACCCGUGUAGUGGAAGCGUUGAGAUCUGUGUGGGAUUCCCUUUCUGAAGAAGCCUCUCAUGAGACUGAAAGCAGAUUCCAAAUCAAAAAGGUGGGAGGCAAGCAAAGCAAUUUCAUAGUUGGAAAAUACAGCAUUAUCGUUGAUCUUAUGUCAUUCUGUCUCCAGUCUCAUCCUGGUUGUCAGGAGUUGGGAGUUCAGAUGUUAUGGUCGAUGAUAGUCAACGAAUGGGUCACAAGUGGAGAUCUGUUUGAAAUUGAGCGCGCAUGUAUUAGUGGUCUGUAUGAGUCACUGCACUCUGGAUUUCACCGUGUACAUGGGAAGAGUUCGUUCACUUUGAAGAUGAAGUCUACAGUCAGAAUUGACCCCGAAGAUGAUGCCUUUGGGUCGAUCAACAAUCUUCUCAAAACCAUCUUCAACUUUUUGGACGUUUUGGACGAGCUCGAGAGUGUGCCAAUUGGCGACGAGUUUGAUGAUGACAGGACAUUCCAUAACCUGAAUAUCUCGGGAUAUUUGAUGCAGGUAAAUAGGCCGGAAUUGCUGCACUCCUUUAUCAACGAGAUGUAUGACACUAAUAUGGAGAAGGGCCAAUUCGUUCAGGCAGCAUUAAGUCUGGAGUUGCUUGCAAAUACCUACGACUGGGAUACGGAGGUUAUGCUUCCGCCUUGUGACGAACCUGAGUUUCCUGCUCAGACUUGUUUUGAACGCAAAGAUGCUCUGUAUAGAAUGAUGGCUUCAAACUUUGUGCGUGGGAAGAGCUUAGAGCAAGCGGCUGUUGUUUAUCAAAAUCUUCUCCGUGCCUACGAGAAUUUCUCUUAUGAUCUGAAAGGGCUAGCAUUCUGUCACUCCCAAUUGGCCGCGGUUUACGAAAGUCUUGAUAAGACUGACAGACUUGUUCCCACCUUUUUCAAAGUGAUGUUCAUUGGGUUUGGGUUUCCUAAGUCAAUUAGGGGCCGUGAGUUCAUAUACGAAGGGUUGCCUUUUGAGCAUAUCACCUCAAUUCACGACAGACUCUCCAGACUUUAUCCAGGUACCAGAAUUGUGUCUCGGGAGCAGGAGGCCCAGGCAAUGCUUGAGCAGACUCCGUUUGGAAAGUUCAUGCACGUCAAGACAGUGACUCCCCACCAUAGCGAUGAAAAGAGCAUUGGAAUGGUUUCGGCAGGUGCAAACAUUGCAAACAGAGAACUUAACGUGUUUGUGUCUUCAAAGAGACUUCCUGGAGCAACUGGCAUUUCUGAUCUUUGGACUGAGGAAACCUCAUAUGAGACACUACUGGGUUUCCCAACGUUGAUGAACAGAAGUGAGGUCAAGAGCUCCGAAACUGUGAAAAUCUCUCCCAUUGAAAAUGCCAUAAGAUCGCUAUCGGCUAAAAAUGAGAGUUUACUUAACGUGGAAAGAAACGGCCUGCUUUGCCUGAAAAAUCCUGGCUCCAAUAGCGAUUCUCAGUUCCAAGAUCUGUCAAGAGAGCUGUCUGGUACUGUUGAUUCUCCAGUAAAUGGAGGUGUCGGCCAGUACCGCGUUUUCUUUGCGUCUGAGCAUGCAGAUGAUGACGCAGAGAAGGCCAGGCUGAUCAGGUCGAAGUUCAAUAUAAUGGUGGUUCUUCUGGGACGGUGUCUGUGGCUUCAUGGAGAGUUGGUUCCUUCGUCAUUGAAGGCUUCUCACGAUGCCUUGGUUGAUAUGUACAAGAAGAACUUUGCGGAAGAGAUUGUGGAACUGAAAGUGUCCAUUGCGUCUAAUGCUCAUGGCAACUAUUCCGAUCGCGAAUCCAGAGUGCCCCAUCAUCACGAUUCAGCCUCUAUCAUAUCCGGGCGUGCUUCUCAUCAUACCGGCUCCAUGAGUUUUCUGAAUUCAAACAAGAAUACGGCUUUGACCUGGAGGCCAACCGGAUUAUAA